AAAUCGAUCAACUUUCUGGCCAUAUUUCCACCGAUUUAUCGUGUAACUGUACAAUAUAGGAAUAACUUGAAGAUUUUGAAUAAAUGCCAGUAUAUACAAGAAUGAACCACGGGAAUUUGCAAGUAUAUACUAGAGCAGCAAUGAAGAUGUACAUCGAAACGUGUCAUUGUUGACAUUUGAUUUUUUUGUUUGGUUUCACUUUCGAUCAGCAAUAGAUGCCAAUUAGAUAACACAUAAAAAUGAGUGUAGAAAGUGUCUUGGAAAAACUGGUGAAAGAUGCGUCAUCAUCAAAACAUGCUCCAAUCAGAGUUGCUGCCAGUGGAGCAAAAGGUUUCCUUGAAGACAAUAAAGUUGUUGCAGACACCCCAUCAUUUGAGCUAAGGGAGAAAUGCCUUGGUCCUCUAAAGCUGGCUGUGGAAUCCAAAAACAGCAAGCUGGCCUUGACUGCUCUAGGUGGCAUACAGAAAAUGCUUCACGAUGAGAGAUUCCACUCCAGCAUGGAGAGCGAGAAGGAGGAACAAUGGCUGCCAUCUCAGAUUUUGGACUGUGUCUCAAGUACACCUUCCCUCUCUGAGGAUAUACAGAUUGAAGUCAUGAAGGUUUUACUUGACAUGACUUUCUCAACUACUUGGUGCAUGAAUGCAAAAGUCAUCACAAAAAUAUCUCAGGUCGGGAUAGAUAGCUAUGUAACCAGUCAUUCUCAUGGCGUAAGAACUGCCGUCACAGCAACCAUGACGCAAAUGUUGACCGCCAUCGCUGAGAAAUUGACCAAUGAAAUGUCUCGUGUGGAAGACAACACAACAGCCGCAGAUGAUAUCCUGGCUGACUAUAGCAACCAAGCUGUAGAUGUCAGCUCAAGUGAAGCUUUGUCAAAUGACAUCGUUGGAAUCUUACAUUUUCUGUGUCAGAAGCUAGCAGGCAUACAAUGUGGCUUGCAACCAAAGCACAUGGAACCAUUACUUCUAGAAGGGAUCCAUGCUGUACUGGCAAAUAUACCACCAACAAUGCAGAACAACAACAACUUCAUUGACCUUUUGUGGCAACAGCUGUGCCCGACUUUGAUCUCACUGCUGGGAAACCCAACCUUAGACAAGGGAAUAUCAUCCCAAAAGUCAGGAACGCAAGAUGAAGUUGGACGUGGCUCAGGAUGCUCUGCUUCUGCUCCCUCUAUAUUAGGAUCAAGUGCCAAAACUAUUUACAAUAUAUGUAUAGAGUUAGUACGACAUGUAGGAAGUAUAAAGUCUCUACGUCCUGUCCUAGAGUCAGUGUACCACAGGAUGUUACUCUACCCCCCUCCCCAGCACAGACUUGAUGCUAUUAAGGCGGUAAAGGAGUUGCUUAAAGAUGCAGACCGACUUGUAGACUUUGCUGGACCUUGUGCUUCUAGCCCUGGAAAUGGUCAGACAAAUUCUAAGAGAAUGCAACAUGCUGAUACUGCUCUGUUAAAGCUUAUAGUGGAUGCCCUUCAGGAGUGCUGCCACUGUAAUGACUCUGUAGUUGUAAUGACAAGUGUACAAUGUAUAGACCUGCUCCUGUCCUCUGUUGACCAGAUUACACAAGGCGUAGGUCUGACUGAUCAAAUGAUUAAUGAAAUACAGCGGCAAUACCUUACUAGUCAACAAGAUAUAGAUGGCAAUCCAAUUGGAACUGAAACAAAACAAGCUGAGACUGAAACUGAGAAAAAGUGCAAUUUAAAUCAAAAAGACAAUGAUGAGGAAGAAAAGGAUACUGACUGUCAGGAACAUUUAGAUGAUGAUAAUGAUGAUUCAGAAGAAGACAAUGAUGAUUCUGCCUCUGAAAAUGAUGAAUCCACAAACGAGCCAGAAAUUCCAGAAAAAAUCAAAAUUGUUAAACGAACUCUACCAAAAUCGGAAAGUUCAAUUGAAAAAUCUGAAUGUGAUGAUGAAAAAGAAAAAAUUGAUUUCACAGAAAAAUCAGAGGUUUUGAAUUGGAGAUUGGUGUACAACACUAGUGAUUUGGGGGAAAAACUAGAGAGGCUAAACAGUGAGGAGUUUGUAAAAAAGCUGCUGAAAGAACUACCUGGUUGGCUUGCAAUGGACAAUGUACAGGAAAUUGAUGAAUCCAUACAAAAUUUUGCAUCACAAUUCUGUCAAGAUGUUACAGAAAGCCAAGAGUCAUAUAGUGCUGCGUCAGAUGAUGCCCCUAAGUUACAGAUUAUAUUGAAUGGUGAUGGUGUCUAUGUCUCCACAUAUUCAGCUCUACAAUUGAAUUUGAAGCUCAUUCACAGUGCCUACUACACAAUGGAGGACAAAAGCCUGCCAAUAACUGAGUCGCAGUUCCUGGAUGGUGUAUAUGGAGGCGGUUUGCUGCUUUAUAUUCCACCAUCUUGGCUAUCUGAAAUAUAUCGCCAAGUAAUAACCAUUAACCUCCUACAAGAAGCUGGUUACUCCAACACAUCCAUUGAGAGGAAUGGUGCUCUUAUCAAAGCUUUAGCAGAUCUAGAUGGUUUAGGUAGCAAUCAGCUUGGAGGCCAAUUGAUGUCAGACUGUGUUGAAGAACUUGAUAUGUGUGAUGCUCCAAGUAGUGACGAGAAAGAUGUCGUAGCAGGUAUUGAGCUUUCUAAGCGUAUCUUGGUUGCUUGCUGGGAUGGCAUAGUGGACAUUCUCUCUGUUCUGGUUAAUGGGAAGAGUUCAUGUGGAAUCACCAGUAGCCUUGCAUUAAUGUUGGGUGUAGAAGGUGCAAAAGAGGAAAGUCUUAAAGCCAGGGAGGCCAUAUGUACAAGUCUAGAUGGAUUACAGAAGGCAGCAAGAUUGUCUUGUAAACUAGGUCUUCAAGCACGCUGUGGGGGAAUAUUUGCACAAUUGGCCAAUGCCUCUUGUGUAAUGGAAGACCAAAGAACUUUAAGUCCCAUGGUGGAACGUAAAGGGUUAAACACAGAACGUAAAGGGUUAAACCUUGCCAACCUUCCUCAUCAUAUAGCCAAUCUAUCCAACCUGCACAAUGUCAGUCACCUGUCAAAUCUACCUCAUCUGAACCUGCCCAAUGUACCUGCCAUUCUACCUAAUAGAACAAGGGUCAUUCGUCUCCAUGCGGCUCAUGUAUUGAGUCUCGAUGUUGUUUUGAGUAUGGGGCUUGAGAUGGGUAGCCAUUCUGCUGAAUGCUGGGCACAUGUGUUUAGGUGCUGUGGCCAUAUAGCUGAGCUGGAGCACACAUACUUCAGAGCUGAAAAUAAACAGUCUGAGGCGAAGCAAAACAAGGUGAACCAUGACCAGACUCCCCAUGAGAUCAUGCCCACUACUGAUAUGGACAUUGACAUCAGUGAUCCAGAGCUUCUUAGCAUGCCGGUCAUGCCAAAUGAAGCUCUCGCCCCUGAUGUGAAUGUACAUAACCUGAUCACUGAGAGUGCAGUAGAGGGAGGCUGGGACAGUGCACUUAGUGGAGGAGGGGUGUUAAGUAAGAAACAAACAUCUAAAGUAUUGAUGGGUCUGACACAACAAGUAGAUAGGUUUUUUGAAGAUGCAGCUGACAAACUAAAUCUUAAUUCAUUGGUUGAGUUUAUGACGGAAAUGUGUUGCUCCAGUAAGCAACAACUUCAUAAAUACAGCAGCAAGCUAGAGUUAGGAAUGCCAGGGUUUGUACCAACCAAUGCCCUACAUCUGUAUCGUCUCGGCCAUAUUGUCUUGAAAUGUCUGCGAAGUGGACGGCCUUUGUUGCAUCUGAUGAAAGUAUGGAGUGCAGUUGCUCCACAUUUCAUAGAGGCAUCCACUCACAAAGACAGUAACAUCUCCCAUAAGGCUGUUGCGUGCAUACAUGAAUGUAUUACCACAUUGUUCGGGUACCACCAGGAGCUACCACAUUUUAACUUCAACGAGUCUUUGUGCAAACCAUUUGAGAAACUACUAUGUCUUGAGCUCUGUGAUGGGGACACACAAGAUCAGAUUGUUUGUUCUAUUUGUGAACUCGUUGAGGCCUGUACAACAGAAAUCAGAUCUGGAUGGCGCCCUCUAUUUGGGGCAUUACGGGCAGUCAAGAUAGAAUACACAACUAAUGAGGAAGUGAAUGAUGCCAGGCAGAGACAUAUUGCUGCAGUCUUGGAUGUGUUUGAUGUCUUCCUCAACACUGACAAUGUCUUUGUAUUCGCACAUGCUGCAGUAGAUUGUAUUCUAUGCCUCUUGAAGUAUGUCAAGGGCCAAUCUGAGUUUGAAGUGAGUGACUCUGACUCAGAUUCUGGUAGUGAAUGUGGUGAGACUGUCACAUCAGAGGCCCUUUGUCUUCCUGCCUUGAAGUACUUGGAGCAAUGCUGCACCAUCCUAGCCUCCAUGUGGAAUAUGCCAGCCUGUCCUGUCUUCAAUGGGGCAAACAGAAUCAGAGCCAGUCUUACCCAGUUGAACUGCGUAGAUUCAGUAUUACCAUAUAUGGACUUGGAUGAAUUCAAGCGGGAAUAUACAGCACCUCCUAGAUUUGCUGACCCAUUCCAACCUAACACAGAUUUAGAUAAAUUCAAACAGAAUUUUGAGCAAAAAUUGAAUCCAACCCCAAGUCAGAAACAUCCAGUGGCCCAGUCUAUUGCCUCAAAAAUGACAUCUGGUCAAGGUUUCACCAAAUAUACAACGAACAACGAAUCUCCCGAUACUAAACAUGAGCCAAACCAUACAGCUGAUAAAUCAGAAAUGUCAUCACCAAGGCUUGACACAAAGAAGACUAUUACAUUGGGGGAUUUAGAUAACCAUACUGGGAGUUUACAUGUUUGGUACUUGAUACUGGAUGGUUUGACUAACACUGUGGCCAAUGCUCCUAGACAUUAUCAGCCACAGACCUUAGAGAUGCUGUUUAGUAUGUUAAGAGCUGCGGCUACCACACCAGGUCCAGACUUCAGUAUCCAUUGUGCCAAUCACCUGCUACUUCCCAUGCUGCAGUCAUGGUUACGCUAUGGCAACACCAUUAAGGGCUACUGGGAUAGUAUGGCCAAUAACUUCAAACAAUGCUGUGGAAUGUGUACUGAUCUAGUCGUGGAAUAUGUUGUCCAGUUUACAGGGACCACUAGUUGCGAGACUAGCAUGGGAGACAUGCUACAAAACCUCUACAGUGUACUUAUAGAAUGUAUUGCUCAACCAAUAGAAACCAUAUCCAGAUUAGGGUGCUCCUGUAUACGACAUGCUAUCUUGAGUUCAGGGCCGAUAUUGUCUGAACAAAUGUGGUACUUGACAGCAGAAGCUUUGCAAAAAGCUAUAGAUGUCUCUCUGUACAGUGUCAAUCAAAUCAUGACGCUUUUCCACGCUAAUUCUGACAACUUCUAUGGAGACAUCGGUCAGGUCAAGGUCGCUGUCAGGAAAGACUGCUCAGGGAUGGAGUGUGAAAGAUUGAGAGUUCUUGCCCAGCAGGUAUUUCUACUAGAUAGUCAGAGACAAGGGAACCCUCAUGAUUAUGAACUAGAAGAAGAUAUAUCUUAUGUAUUCCUGCUCUACCCGCCAUAUCAGGUUGGGCUACCAGACCCAGAGCAAAGGAUGACAAGGGUACCCUUCAAGAGCCUUGUGAUUGGUCUGUUGUCUCACCAGCUGUUGCUACAGACAAUUGGGAGUAUCUUGCUUCAGGGAUCUCCCAAUAUGACCCCAUCAGAGCGCCAUCUAUUACCAGCCUCACUCCCAUCCUCUCCAACUCAUGGCGAGAAAGCGUUCGAAGUCGACGAUAUGAUUGGUCAGCAAAAUAAAUUACCAGGCUUACUCUCCUACCUCUCAUGCCGGACAACCCUGCAUUUCCUCAACUCAUUGAAAGCUUCCUACAAAUUUUCUUGCGACUUCGACUCUCGACCUGGUUUAAAGUUUCUUAUUCAAAAAGUUGCAAGAACAUCAGUCGCAACAAACCUGUACAAGCAGGCAGGCAUUAGUAUGACAUUCUAUAUUCAUACGCUAUUGGAAGUGUGUAGCAGCAUUGAUAGUAUAACUGUUGAGAGUGUACGUGAAUUACUCAAACCCAACAUCAUUGAGAAUGACCCUGACAAGGUUGAUAAAGCUGGUACUUUGAACGAUGAUGUUCCUAAACUAGGAGAAGGUGAUGGGUCUAGUUCUGAAGAGGAUGAAAAUGGUCAGGGUGAUGCCAGAUCCAGGAAAUUCAGCAUACCAGUUGAUAAAGACCUCAAUGAAGCUGAGCAUAGUCUGGAAACAGUCCAUGAAAAUCACAGAGCUUUUUUAAAACUUUUUAAACAAGGUUGCGAUGAUUUAUGUUUGAAGUACAUCGAUUUGCUUCUUGAUAAGGAGGGAACGAGGAGUGCUGAUCAAAUGUUGGAACAGCCGCUGUUCUUUCUAAUUGCCCAACCUGAGGAGAUCACCGAGUUAAAGCGUGAUAAGUCACUAGGGUCCAUGGUUGCAGAGAAGCUGAAGAAACAACAGGAUGGUGCUACUGUAGUUGGAAUGGAGGCAGUACAAGUACAAGAUGCCGAUGACCCUGGUAGCCUUGACCCCCAGGGUGACCCCGAGAGUCCCCAGAGAUAUAUCAGUAAACGGGAAGAAAAACAGGAACAAGAAAGUCGCGUCUACACUGUCGCUUCAGGACGUACUAUAAAAACGCUCAUGUCCGAAUACAAGCGAAGAAAACAACAGAACUCAAUGCCGACCUUUGUGAAGGCCCAGAGGUCAAAGGUCACACAGUCAGAGUCCUCUAUGGGAAUGGUGAGAUCAACUAGUGCAGAUCCUCAAGAUCGAGAGAUUGAAAAACAACAACAGAAUUCGAUCAUGAAGGACAGUGUAGCCCACCUUAAGGCCUGGACUGAGAUGAUAUGUACCAUACUACAACUGCUUUACCAGUUGCCUGAGCACCAGUACCAAGCUCUCUUGCCAGCCAUCUUCAACUCUAUCACACAGUUAGUGUGCCAGGCAGAGGACACAAGACUCAAGGAAAUGCUUGCUCAUUGGGUACACAAAGUUGGGCAUUUAUACCAGUUUGCCCCUCAUUCCUAAGACUGAUUGGUGCACAUUUAUAUCCGUUUACUGCAUAUAUCUGAGGCUAAUUGGGCACAUUGUAUACUCCUGAGACCCAUUGGACAUAGUACCAAUUUGCUGUAUACUCCAGAGCCUCAUCAGAUUUGCAUACAAAUUUGCCUCUCAUUCCUAAGACCACUGGAUAUUAGAAUCAGAUUGCCUCACAUUCCUAAGGCGUUGUACACAAAGUUGGGACACAUAGCUAUAACGAUAUGAGGGAAUCAUAAGCAACCAAAUUUGACAUUUUACAGUAUUUUCAGUUCUUAGAACCAACAGCAGGUUGAUAAUCAAUGCCUAAAUAUAAAUAUUAUUUGACUAGGGUCAUUGAAACUUUUAAAAUGGUGCAAUGGCUUAAGGUACUCGCAUUUAUAGAUCCAAGAAAGCAUUCCAUAUAUACUACGUUUAGUGUAGUGUAGUGUAGUGUAGUUCUAGUCAAAAUUAUUAUACUACAGUCAUACUUGCAAUGAGAGUCUUAAAAAUGUUUGACGCAAGCUAAUAUAUAUACAUGUAUAGUCAUAUAC